AUGGGGAUAGUUUUCAUGGUAGCUAAGGUCUGGGGCCCUAAAGUCAAAGAAAUAGUAGCAGCCAGUGUAAGAAAAAGCAGUUUUGAGAUGAGUGAGAGAAGUGGAAAUGCAAACCUUGUUUCUUUGAUAAACGUUUUCAGAAGAAGAUUUUCACCUUUUACGAGUCUACCUGUCCGAGAAGAAAUGCUGGGGAAAUACUCUAACCUUUCCUUGGAGAGUCAUAACAUAUCACUGACUGAACAUUCCAGUGUUCCAGUGGAAAAAAAUAUCACUUUGCAAAGACCUUCUAAUAUAGAACUCACAUGCCAGUUCACAACAUUUGGGGAUCUGAAUUCAGUAAAUGUGACUUGGAGAAAAGGUGAUGAACUACUUGAGACUAAUUAUCUCAUCAACGCAACUGGAAGCAUCCUGUAUACCCAAUACGUGUUCACCAUCAUUAAUAGCAAACAAAUGGGAAGUUAUUCUUGUUUCUUUCAAGAGGAAAAGGAACAAAGGGGAACAUUUAAUUUCAAAGUCCCUGAACUUCAUGGAAAAAACAAACCAUUGAUCACUUAUGUGGGGGAUUCAACUGUCUUGAUAUGUAAAUGUCAAGAUUGUUUCCCUUUAAACUGGACCUGGUACUUUAGUAAUGGGAGUGUACAGGUUCUUCUUGAUGUUCAAAUGAAUGAUAAAUAUGUGAUCACUGGAGCAAAUGCUAAUGAAACAAGGCUCAGGAUAAUGGAUCUUUCAGAAGAAGAUCAGGGAUCUUACUGGUGCCAUGCAAUAUUCCAAUUAGGGGAAAGUGAAAGUCACAUUGAACUCGUCGUGCUGAGUUAUCUGGUGCCCCUCAAACCAUUUCUUGCAAUAACUGCUGAGGUUGUUUUUUUAGUGGCUAUUAUUCUGCUUUGUGAAAUGUACACUCAAAGGAAGAAGAACCCAGCCGAUGGGAAAGAAUUUGAACAAAUUGAACAGCUGAAAUCAGAUGAUAGCAAUGGUAUAGAAAAUAAUGGCCCCAGGCACAGAAAAAAUGUAAGUAACUUCCAAAUGGACAGAAGGAAUCUCUCCUGGCUGCUGGGAUUGCUUCUGGCUGACAGAACCUCAGCUGUCAGCAAUCUGUGGGAACUACCCUUGGCUAAACAGAGCUGCCUAGCCUAUUAUGGAGUGAACAACACCGGAGACCUGCAGAUGGGGCUGCUGCCUAAGGCCACCACACAGCACAUGGUGACUAACACAUCCACUGAGCCUUUCAACUGUCCCAGUGAAGACAAAGACCUACUGAAUGAAAAUGUGCAAGUUGGCCUGUUAUUUGUCUCCAAAGCCACCGUCCAGCUCCUCACCAACCCAUUCAUAGGACUGUUGACUAACAGAAUCCGAGAACCAGUGGAAGUUAUCACUUUAAAAUCAAAAUUGAGCUCUGACGAGAGAACUAACCAUACUUGCCAAGCUGCUGAAUCAAGUCUGUGUCUGAAGUCUGACAGAGCAAGUGCUCUCUCGGGCCCUAAAGUUGCCGAAGGGCAUGAAUUGCAGCCUAAGCGCACAGCCAGCCUUCCGGGGAGAAAGCCAGCCAGAUAG